UCCUUAAAAAAAAAAAAACAUAAAAAACCAAAACCCGGCAAACUCACUCUUCCCCUUUUAAACUUCACAGCCGUUUUGGCAGCAAAUUUUCUCUCUUCAAUGGCGGAAAUUGAAGUGCAACACCUCCUCGAGUAUGAGCUCCGUCUCUUGCGCUGCACCCUUCCACAACCACCAUCUAAUACCCGCCGCUUCCUUCAGCCGCACGAUACACCGUCUCAUCCGCCCUUUCACCUUCUUAUUGACAAUAUCGUCUCCCUUAUUGAAUCUGGACGCUAUGUGGAUUCUCUCUCCUCCGCGGGAGUGCGAACCGUAUUUCAAUUUUCCAACUCGUUCGAGUCACUCGACCCGAGCCAGUUCUAUGCCGGGUUGGAGAAGGCUGUUGAAUCCUUUUUAGUGGAUGAUUCUGCUGAAGGCCAUGCUUCUUUCAAGUUUUUUCUAGUUGUUUCAAUUGCUAUUGCUGCUAUUCUUGCUUUCGUGCAGUGUAAUUUUACUGGUCCAGUGGUUGAACUACCUUCAGUUCCAUUGCCGUGGAAGGUGAUUAAGGAGGAAAAGGAAUGGGAAGCCUGGGCGCGAAUUCAGUUGAUGUCUGAUGGUUCUGAUUUGGCUGCCAAAUUUUCUAAUUUACAGUAUAUAUUGUUUGCGAAGAUGUUGCUUAUGAAGACCAGAGAUUUAUCGUUCGGUGAAAAAACCGUGUGUGAAGCUGGACUUGGAACUAGCACUUGGUGGUUUGCUAGAGUUAUUUUUCUACAACAACGCAUUUUGGAUGAAUGCUGUUUUUCUCUACUUAAUUUACUCCAAGUCUUCAUGAGUGAAAGUUUAAAUCGUUUUGGCAAUGUGGAAAAAGUAACAAGUUAUUGGGGUGCUUCAUUAGCGGAAGAUGAAGCUUUAACUAUUGUCUCAAUGCUGCAGUUAGAGGCUGGAUUGGUUGAACAUACUUUUGGGCGUGUUGAUCAUGCAAGGCAAUAUUUUGAAGCGGCAGCGUUCUCUGUAGGGCUUGAGCUCUCUGUGACCGGUGCUCUUGGUGUCCGGACAGUCCAUCAAGUGGACCCAGUUGCCCAGAGUGUUCUUGUUGCACGCAAAAGCUCCUUUCCAAGUGCCAGUAUGUCUCCAUUAGAGAAUGCUUCUCAUGUAAGGGAUGCUUCUCAUGACCCAAAUUCACAUCAAAAUCAUCAACCGUAUAGUGAUACAUCUGAUGUGUUGAUGGCUCCAAAAUUUAUGGACAGUGGUGGCAAUGACUUGAAUCUGAUUGAGCAUGGUUGUGCCACUGAUCGUACCUUGACAGCAAUUCAACAGGCAGUCGUUCUCGCACAUUGCCUUUUAAUAGAAAAAAGAGCUAGGUUCGAUGAGCAACAAAGUUGGGAUAUGGCUCCAUACAUAGAGGCUAUUGAUUCUCAGCUGUCAUUGUAUUUCACUAUAAAAUGUUCCUGCAAUAUCUUGCGUAUAAAGUGGGAGUCCACUCGUAGCCGUACUAAGGAGCGUGCUUUGCUGAUGAUGAACAAAAUGGUUGAGAAUCUUUAUGAGCCAUCACCCCAAGUGCUGGAGAGGGUUCAUUCCUGUUUUUCAGUCCUUAUCCCAGCUGCACCUAUUCUCAGAAAAGAGUAUGGUGAGCUUCUCAUCAGUAGCGGCCUGAUCGCAGAGGCCCUUGGAAUUUUUGAAGAUUUAGAACUCUGGGAUAAUCUGAUAUUCUGUUACCGCUUAUUGGAGAAGAAAGCAGCAGCAGCUGAACUGAUUAAGGUGCGACUGCUGGAAACUCCUUCUGAUCCGAGGUUAUGGUGUUCAUUGGGUGGAGUUAUGAAUGAUGAUUCUUGCUAUGAGAAAGCUCUGGAGGUUUCAAAUGAUAGGUGCGCAAGAGCUAAGAGGUCUCUUGCUCGUAGUGCAUACAACAGGGGAGAUUAUGAGAAGUCUAAAGUUUUAUGGGACUCUGCCAUGGCAUUGAAUGCACUCUAUCCAGAUGGUUGGUUUGCUCUUGGAGCAGCUGCACUGAAGGCUAGGGAUGUCAGCAAGGCACUUGAUGGUUUUAAUCGUGCUGUUCAGCUUGAUCCUGAUAAUGGAGAGGCUUGGAAUAAUAUCGCUUGUAUACAUAAGAUAAGAAAGAAGAGUCAGGAGGCUUUCAUUGCAUUCAAGGAAGCACUGAAGUCCAAAAGAAAUAGUUGGCAAAUGUGGGAGAACUAUGGACAAGUUGCAGCUGAUGUUGGUAAUUAUUUUGAGGCAUUAAAAGCAGCACAGAUGGUGUUAGAUAUCACAGGAAAUAAAAGAUAUGAUGGAGAUUUGCUAGAGAGAAUAGUACAAGAAAUGGAAGAACGGUUUUCUUCAUAUUCUCCCAUUACAGAAGAUGAUAAAGACUGUAACAGUCAAACACCUUCAGGCUCUGAGUUGGCAGAGUCACGUGAUACAAAACUCUUAAUGGAGUUGUUAGGGAAAGUUCUCCAGCAGGUUGUUCGUAGUGUAGGUAGUGGAGAUAGCUGGGGCAUGUAUGCUCGGUGGCAUAAGAUGAGAGGAGAUCUUACAAUGUGUUCAGAGGCUCUUUUAAAGCAAGUUAGAUCGUACCAGGGAUCAGAAGUUUGGAAAGAUAAUGCUCGGUUUAGAAAGUAUGCGAAUGCAUCCUUAGAGCUUUGUAAGAUAUACAUGGUUAUAUCAUCUUCAUCUGAAAGCCUUAGAGAGCUCCACUCAGCUGACAUGCAUCUUCGCAACACUAUCAAGCAGGCAAUUUCAUUUACAGAUACUGAAGAAUUCAAGGCUCUCCAAGUCUGCCUUGAUGAUGUUCAGAUGAGACUUAAAUCCAGCUUGGUGCCAACUUCUUAGAAUGGUACAAAGAUCUAUUUUUUGUUAGGAAGUUUGCGUGCUAGCCUGAUAGGCGUUGACACAUUGUGUAGUAAAGCUGCUUCACUUACGUGUACUCUUUACCAAUAAGCUGCUCCACCAUGCUGCUGGAAGAUCUUACAUGUAAGUUUUGGACUCAAUUGUUUUGUAGAGCUGCUUUUUUACGUGUACACUUACGUAAGAAGCUGCUCCACCAUGCUGCUUUAGCAUACAUCUAGAUGACAAACUGCAACGUCGCUAAACUGGUGCUUGUUACGCUGUUUUGAGUGUUGUGGAAUUAAAAUUGUACCAAAUUGGUAACAAUCUUUUAUCUAAAAAUUGGUUUGUAUAUAACCAAGAAAAGAAAAUUUUGGCUGUAGAAUAGAAAACAUAGUCGUUAUCUCUCAAAAUUUCCAUUGUUUAAGUUAUAGUAUACUUUUCUUCUUUUC